UAAAUUUACAAAUUGAAAAAAAAAUUUCAAGUGCAAUUUUUUUAAUAAUUAAAAAAAAAAAUUGUCUGAUUUCAAUAUCAUGAUAAAUGAUAACAUAAGAAUUAAUACAAGUCAAUGGACGAUAAUAAUAUCGUAUAAAUAUAAAUAGAUCAGUUGAUCCAUUACACUCAGUUAAUAUUUUGGCGGAUGAUAAAAGCACCCAUCAUUUGAUUCGCUAUGAAAUUCUUCGAGGCCAUUUUCACGGUCAUAUUAAUCGCCGAUAAUGUUAUUGGAUAUUAUAUUAUUGUUCAGGAUCAACCUUCAAGACAAAGUUAUGAUGAAAAAUUCCGGGAGUUUCUUGAAGUUAAGUUACGUGAAGUAAUGAAGCAAGGAGAUAUAGAGUUGGGAAUCCCUGUUCUUGAUCCUUUUGUUGGAAAUGAUAAAACUAUUGAGUACAACAGUCAAAACCUUGCAUUCAUUGAAACGUUAAAUGAUUUUUAUUUGAAAGAGUUAUCGAGUUAUGUUGUUGAAAGUUCUAAUCUCAAUCUCUUGAAAUUUCAAAUUUCAUUCAAUAUAACAUUCCCAAAAAUAGUUUCAAGUGGUUUAUAUCAAUUCGAUGGUAUGGCUAAUCAAGAUAUUCCAAUUUAUGGUAAAGGAAAUUUUCAAUUUGUUGCAACAAAUUUUUCAAUUUCUGCUGUAUUAACUAUAUCAGUUUCUGGCGGUGUUCGCAUAAAAUCAUUGGAUCUUAAACUUUCACUUGAAAAAAUAGAAUUUAGUGGAACGGGAAUCUUCUAUGACAACAGUACAUCGAUAAUAUUGAGCCAAGUAAUAUCAGAUGUAUUACCGGAAAUAGUAACUGUUUACUAUCAUGACGAUAUAACGGCGGUAGUUUCUGAGAAAAUAAUUGAUAUGGCUAAUGAAAAGCUGGAAGGUAAAACUUGGGAAGAUUUACUCCAAUUGCUUGGUUAAUUUAAUAAUUAAUCAAAUUUUUAUUUUUAUACAUUUUUUUUAUAACUAAAAAAAUUCAA